AGUUCCGGAUUAGCUAAAGGUCGACAUAUAUCUGCGAGUGUGAUAGCUAUUAGCAUCGCGUCAGCCUUGAACCAGCCAGCAAACUCACUAAUAAACUAACUAAUACAUUCAACAAAAAUGCCGAGAGGAAGCAGAAGCCGCACAUCCAGGAUGGCUCCUCCAGCCAGACAAGCACCACCACCCAUGGCCAGGGCCCCACCUCCUCCCUCCUAUGCCCCGGCCCCAAUGCAGGCUCCUGCGUCGGCUGUGGGAGCUCCAGCUGCAGCACCCAGGCAGCCUGGUAUGUUUGCCCAGAUGGCAACCACAGCCGCUGGAGUGGCAGUGGGCUCGGCAGUAGGGCACACCAUCGGCCACGCCAUGACUGGAGGCUUCAGUGGAGGACAGUCGGAGCCUGCCAGGCCCGACGUCACUUACCAGGAGCCACCCCAGGCCCAGCCAUACCAGUCCCAGCCGUACCAGUCCCAGCCCAUGUACCAGCAGCAGCCACAGUCCAUGUACCAGCAGGAGGCCCCUCGUCAGCAGCAGGCCUGCUCCUAUGAGCUCAAACAGUUCAUCGAUUGUGCCCAAAAUCAGAGCGACUUCAAACUCUGUGAGGGCUUCAGCGAGGUGCUGAAACAGUGCAAGUUUGCGAACGGUCUGUCAUGAGACUGAGAGCAGAAACUGGAGAGUGAAGAGCUUACACAAACUGAAAUAAUCAACCGUACUGGAUAACGAGAGGGUGUAAUUCACAAUAAAUCAAUAAACAUGCUUUUAUUUUGACAGCUGAUCAUCAGAGAGCAUCAUUGUAUUCCUUUCUCAGGACAGCACUUCAGAGUUUGUAAUAAUAGUCUUAUAAAUUAUGUUUAUAUAUUUUGGUGUUGCAUGCUAUGAGUUGAUUUCAGUUGUUUUUCAUUAGCUUCAGUGCUUUUAAUUUAAAGUUCCUCCCAUAUAAGUAUAACAACGUGUACAACCUCCAGCUUAUGGGUGCCUACAAUGUGUAACAAGUUCAAAAAUAAUAAAGCACUUGACUCAUUAAAA